UUUCGAAAUUAGUUCUAGUGAGUCUGUGAAAGUGUGAGCGACUGCGAGGCGCGAUCAAUUGGCAAACAACCGCAAGCGGAUCAACUGCUCCACACGCCACGCCGAACACCGUUGAAUAUCGCCGAACAUAUCGCCCAAUAUAAAGAGCGGCCUGGAACUGGACCACACCACCCACUAGCGACCACAUCACGAACACAAACACACAUCACGUGCAACAUGUCGCAUCAGUGCAGCUGCGGUCGCGACCUCAACAACAACUACGUCUCCUACACGAACGCCUACGCCAAUGCGAACGCCUCCUUGGACCGCGAGGCGGCCACCAGCGGCAAGUCCUCCGGCCCGCCGAGGGCCCAGCUGACGGCCAAGGUGAUGUUCGGCACGGUGGGCGCCAUCAAGGAGCUGCGCGACAAGGAGCAGCAGCAGCAGCAGCGGCAGGCGACACGGGCGGGCGAGCGGCGCAACUGAGUGCGGUGGCGGGGGCGGUCCAAGGGGCGGCCCAAAGGGGCGGGACGAACGGCCGCUGGAGCGGUCGAGUGCUGUGCUGUGGGUUGUCGGCGGGGAUCUCUGGCUGAUCGGAAGGAGGAUGACACGGAUAUUUGGAUUAAACAUAAAGAAUUCGCGGAACUCCGAGGAUCUGAUUGGAUCACAAAGAAUUCGCGCCAGGUGAUUCGGUUAAAAACAUAAAGAAUUCGCGCAAGUCUAAGGAUCUAGGUGAUUGGAAUUAAUCGUAAUGAAUUCGUGGAACUCCCGAGAUUCUCUGGAUAAUCCAAAUAGCUCGAAUCGUUCGGGGUACUGAUAACCCGAAUGGGCGAUCCCCGGAUCACGUUAGAGGCUUCAAGUGUUGGCAGGGGACAGGGCAAUCUGUGUAACGACAUUCCUUCUCAACAAAAACUAUCCAAAAAACAAAAAAAAACCAAGUACAUCACAUAUUUAUACACCUUUUUUUGAUCUGCCACACUAUCUCUAACUCUCUCUAUCUCCUGUUAGCUUCAGCAGAUUUCUAUAAUUCAAUGUAAAUUGUUUAUUACAUAUAUUUAUACAUAUACUACAUAGUGCAAUACUUUAGCUAUACACAAACACACACACUCACACACGUUAGCUAUAAGUUUGUUUUAUUUUGUAAGCGCACACGCAUACACUCACUCAUUUUACAAUGUUGUUUAAUUUUGUUUUGUUGUUCACGCGCUCUGCGAUUUUUGGGCUGCGAGUCUGGAGACUUCCAGGUGCUACCAGCAGCUCGAAACGCAAGGCACGUAGCCCACUCUACACACCCCCUCACCAUAUAAACCAUAUAAAUAUAACUACACAUAUGAGUAAUCUUUAAUGCCUAUACUACUGUUACAACUCCUAAUAAUCAUAUUGUAUAUGCCGCGCGGAGAGAGGAAACCGAAACGAAACGAAAUGAAAAACAAAACUUUAAAUUAUUCCUCCAAAUGGGAUGGUGUUUGCUCAAGUGAUUUGUACUAAAAAUGGAAGCGAAAUACAUGGAACCGCAUUAAUGGAAUCAUUGGAGUGCUGCAAAUGGCAAAUGUUUCGAGAGAGAAUUUAGUUUAGAGAGCGGAGCAUCUACAAUAUAUUUAUUAUACCUAUAAAAUAAUAAUAAAAUGUAUGUCUACCCGUACCACAUCUAUUUAUAGAGCUAAUCCCAACAAAGGCGAAUAAAAAUCGAACUUUUAAUAAACUGAAAA